AUGGAUGCCAUUUGCGGCAAAACCAGCGAACCAGAGCUUUUAUCUGCCCGGAAUGGGCUUCUUAUCUCAUCUAUCAUAGAGAAAUAUUUCGACGAUGGAAAACUGGUUAUUGUGCCAGAUCUACCAGAACGGCCACAGGUAGCCGAGCUCCUCGGGUGGUUGAAGGGCAAAGUACGAGAGUACAAGAUCAGGAUAAUCGACAUGACGUGGGAUAAGCUAGACAGGCGACCUCUGCCAGAAUCGCCGCUCAGAUAUAGAGAUCUAGAUGGGAGGAAGCUGCAAUUUCGAACAUCAUUCCGCCCAGCAGCCCGGUACCUAUACUUUCACUAUUGCCUGCAAGUUCUGCGGCGAGCAUGGCGGUUUAACCAAGACAAGACUGCGGACGUAUAUCUUCGCGAUGAAAUGGGCGAACCCUUCUGGGGAACCCCUGGGCGCUAUCUACCAAAGAACAUGUUGUUAGCCUUGGUGGAGGAGCUGGGAAAUGAUUAUAAACACCUUUUAAAGGGGGCAUCUUGCAGGAACGGCGAGGAGGAUCUUUUACUGGAUGUUGCAAGUGCCCAAGUCAAAUAA